AUGGGAAGGAAUAAAAUUGACAUACAAUAUCUUAAAGAUGAUCGUAUUAGGAAUGUAAAUUUAUUAUUUUAAUUACUUAUUCUACUAUUUUUAGAACCACUAUAUAAUUUAAAUUACUCCUUAAUAUUAUUUUAGAUUACAUUCAAUAAAAGAAAAAAUGGUUUGUUGAAAAAAGCAUGUGAAUUGGCUGUUUUGUGUAACAUAAAAAUGCUGUUGUGUUUUACAGAUCUAAGUGGGAAUGUUUAUUAAUUUACUUCUACUGAAAAUAUUGAAAUGGAAAUGCUUUAAUCUAACCAUAAAAAGGUAUUCACUAAAUAAGAUGUACUUUAAUAAAUCUAAUAUGUUAGUAUCCUGGAUUUCAAAAGAGAAAAGAAAGUGAAUCUUAGUCAGAAGCAGAAAGUGAAUAAAGUGUAGAUUAAAAAAGAACUAGAGCCUCAAGUAAAUAACAAUAAAUCUAAUAAUUAAGUCAUUAAUAAUUAAAUCAUUAAUCAUAACAAUCUAAUGGAUAAUAACAAAUGAGGUUGAGAAAUAAAAUAGAAAAUGCUGAAAAAGUAUAAUAAUAAUAAUAAUAAUAAUAAUAAUAAUAAUAAUAACAAAUUUAAUUUUAAUAAGAUUCAAGAAAGAUGGUAAAAAUGGAAAAUAAACAAGAUGAAUAAAAUUUGUAAAAAUCUAAAAUGAGGGUUAAAAAUAAAAUGAAUAAUAAUGAUGAAAUAGUGGUUAAUGAUAUAAUCGAUCAUCAAUAAGCUAGAAAUUUCGAUGAUCUUUAUUAAUGUGGGAAUUAAUAUGAUGAAUAAUCAAAUUCCUAAUAAGAUCAUCAGGAUUAUAAAUAAUAAUUAUCAAUGUUUACUAAUUCUAAUCCAAUAAAAUUGAUGAAAAUGGAUAGUUUACUAAACGGUAUCAAUAACAGCAAACCAAAUAAUUUUCUAAGUGAAUAAUAUAAUAAAUUCUUUAAUAAAGAUAGAGUAAUUAUUUAUUAUUAAUAAAGAUUGAUUCCUUAAAUAAUAGUAAAGUAUUACAGCCAAGUGUAUAAUUUAUUGUUCCACCUUAAGUAUAUUUUAAUAUUCCUCCUUCCCCUAUUAAUUAAGCAAUGAACAAAGUAUAUGUUGGAGUAGAUGAGCCAAUGGAAUAUAAUUUAGGACAAUCUCAAUAUAUGGAUGGGUUUAAAAAAUACUCUAAAUGA